CCCAGCGCCUGGCGGGGGAGGGGGGGGAGCAGCGCCGCGCCGCCCGCCCCAGCCCGCCGCGGGGACGGGGCUCUCCCUGUCACUGCCUUCGGCUGCCCGCGGAGGGGCCGCGCCACCGGCCGGACGGGGGAUCGCGCUCGCUUGCUGACCCCUGUGGGCGGGAGCGGGGAGCUCUCUCCUCUCAGGCUGGGGGGAGACGGGAGGCGCGCCCGGCCCGCCGCGGCGGGGCUGAGGGAGAGCAGAGCCCCCUUCCCCCCCUCUCCCCGCCCCCUGCCUCUUUUCCACCGCAGGGGGAGGCCGUCCCUCUCCUCAGCCCUUCCCCGGCGGGGCAGGAGGGGAGAGGGAUCCCCGCCCUCAGCCCGGCCAGGCCGGGCUCUCCUGCCCUUUGCUCCCCGACAGGCGGAGGGAGCGUCCGAGCUCUCCGCCUGCGAGCAGGUGCCCACAGAAGCUGGCUCCUACCUCGAUGGGAAGGAGUGGUCGUUUUCCCUCCCUCUCCCGCUUUCUUUUUCCCCGUAGGUGUUGGGGCUGGACCGGGGUGAACUCCUCCAAGUCCUUCGGCCUCUGAAACUCCCGCCAUGGCCGCCGGUGGGGCCGGGACCUCGCUGCUGCUGAUGGCCGGCAUCACGGUAACGGUGGGGCUGUGCAGGAGGCUAACCCGCCGCCGGCUGCGCGCCCACCCGCGCCUCUGCACUUUCCUUUUGGAGAUGUUUAGCACCUUCCAGGUGUGCGCCUGCACUAACGAACUCUGCCUGCUCGGCAAUGUGGAGCCGAAGCCGCAUGCCGCCCUCACUUUCACCUACGGCUUCACCGUCCUGCACGGCCUGACUCUGACCGGCAGCACAUGCAAUCCCUGCGGUACCUUGCAGCCGAUGUGGGGCGGUGGGACAUCGGUCAAGAUGGGUGGACUCAAGAUUGCCGCUCAGUUCGUGGCUGCAGUGCUUGCCAGAGUGUUUAUGAACUUUAUCUGGCGCCUGGGGAUGGCAGAGCCACAUUUUGAGGCACUCUCACAGGGCUGCAGCAACCCCAUGCAGACUACAGAGACGCAGGCGUUCUGCAUAGAACUGCUCUUUUCUGUCGUUUUCCAGCUGACCAUCCUGCGAGUGGAAAGUGUUAAUCCCAAAUACAAAGUCCAUUUGAUUGCACUUCUCAUCACCAUGCUCGUGUAUGCAGGUGGAAAUCUCACAGGAGCAAUAUUUAACCCAGCACUGGCUUUUUCAUUACAUGCGCAUUGUUUCUACGACAAAUUUUUGAGUUACUCACUAGUAUAUUGGAUAGCACCAUCCUUAGGUACAAUACUUGUGGCUUUUAUAUGGGAUGAAAUCCUUCCUCGGAUAUCCUGAGAUAUCGAAUUCUGAAAUCUAUCAGGACUACAUUAGAAAAUACUUUCAACACCUGCAGACAUGAAGCUUUCAGAAAACUGUUGAAGUGGACUUUCAUGCCAUCUUUCAGUUGUAUUUUCAGAUUUCAUGUUUGAAAUAUUUGACUUACAACUUUGUAUUCAAAUACUUAUUUUGUAUUAGCACAUUGGGAUUUUGAAAAUAUCUGCCAACAGUUUCAGUUAAGCCAUAUGAAUGUGAAGGACUUAAAACACCAAAACUUUGUCACUUUAGCCAUAAGUGCCACUUGCUGACCUUUAUUACAACAGCAUGCAAAAUUAAUUUUAGAGAAAUACCCAGUCCUUUCAAAGUUUGAUUUUAUUGGUUUUUUUCCCCCAGAGAAGGCACCUGCAAAAAAGGAGCUGAAGAUUUCAUUCUUACAUUGACCUCAUCAUAUUCCUACUUGCAAUAUACAUGCCUCUAAAAGGAAGAGAGGCUACAGUACUCCUAGAAAAGCCUCCACAGCUCUAUUCUAGAUGUAGCCUACACCAAAGUUAAAGUCUGUAGGAGCAGCGUUGUUUUAACAAUACCCAAGUCCAAGUAAGUAACACCUCACUUCCUUUCGGGAAGGCUUUGCCCCAUCCUGUCCCACUAGUCCAUUGAAUGUUUAUCCUGGUUGGAAGGAGCAGUAGUAAAGUACCAUAAAAUUCUGCAGACACACACAAAAAGGCAUUUUAGGAAAAAAAGCAAACCACCAACUGCUUUAUCUGAGAUAACUGCUGCCUCUUCAUAUAGUAAAACAGACACAGUAAAUAAGGAAGAAUCAUGUGAAACUUUGUUUGUCCUUGAUUUUAUGUAACUCUUAUCAGAUAUUUUUCUUGAAAUAAAUGAAUAUGCAAUAUAGGAGAAUAAAUGAAAAAGCUAAAACUACAGGAAAACUACAUACACAAACAUGCCCUUUAUAGCCUCAGCUGAGAACACCACCAAUAGGUACUACCCUCUGAAGUUCUGUUUCUAGUAUGAGGUUUAUUCUUCUGGAUGCAUCCUGAUUUUUAUAUAUGCCAAAAUAUAUUUUUCAAAUUUAAGACUAAAUUCAGUUUUUCACUUUUUGGCUAUGGGUUUAAAAGGAGAGAUGGUUAACAAGUUCUACAAUUUCUAACAAUCUCAGUAGCUGGCCCCUUGACUCAUUACCCAAGUCACUGUGCAGACCAUUUUUUAAGAGAAAGGGAGGGAAUCAGACCAGGGCGGGGGGGGGGCUACAGUAAAAUCAUGAACCAAGUCUAAAACAGCUACUGUUGUCAGCUAUCUUUUUUUGCAGAAGUUUGGAAAGUAAAUAUUUACAGGUAACUUCCUGUUCCAAUAAAAACUUUUAAUUUUGCAAGGUACCUUACAUUCCAAAAUGAAAUAAACUGUUUGAAUGUGCUUUUCAUACAA